AUGGCCUUCCGCGUCCCAAGCCAAGCCCCUCGCCGCCAGACCUCCUACUCGACCUCGACUUCCCAGCAGGCGUCUCGUCUGGAGAUCCCAUCUGCUAAUGCUCAGCUCCUGGAAGACGAGUCUACACAAUGGGUGCUCUUUUCGCCGUCACAGGCCCUGUCGUCCACUCUUACGGGGACCGCUUCUACCGACCGGACACCCACGGCUGGCCUUUCGCGCCUGAGUGAUUUUGGCUCCUUUGGCGUGGCCACCCAGUCUGCCGACGAUAACGGGAACGAGAACGAGGACGAUGAAGGCAUCGACGAAGAUGGUACCGAACUCGAUAGUCUCGAUGAAGGCCUCCAUGCGUUCCGUGAGCCGUCCGUCGACCCGACGAAUGCUAACCGGUGGGAUGCGGGCCCCCCCGCCAUGUUACCGGCUCACGAUGGACUAGGGAGCUUCCAGGCAUCGAGUCAGCCUGUUUUGGAGCAGCUGUGGCAGCAUGAACAAUAUAAUCCGGCCCGCAGGACGGACGGACGGCCGCGGCGGCAGUCGAGUGUGCAGCGCCAGUUGGACUCGCUGGCAGAGCAUGAAGAAGCCCGCCUGGAACGCGAACGGUGGCUGCGGAUUGAGCAGUGGAGGAUGGAGCAGAGCCGGGUGGUAUUGCAGGAGAUUGAACGGGAGAAUCUACGGCGGCGCCGUGACAACCCUGCUGGCGCGGUGACCGAGAGCUCCGUGCCUCGAACCGUCACGACGGAAUCUCCAGAUGGCACCCAGGAGAUGCCAGCGGACAAGGCGCGGCAACCUUCGUCGGAGCGUGGGGACGGAGAGUCUGAAUUAGACGAGUCGUUCUGGCAACGCAUCACUCGGAAAGUUAUUCGCGACCUGAUGGGAAUCGAUGACACGAUGUUGUCCGUCCUGUUUGGAGAGUCGCUGCCGCUGGAAGUCAUAGGCGAAGGAGAAUCUCUAACCGGUGUCCUGUCGGAGGAAACAAACAGACGAGAGGCCUCCCCGUUGCUUAAUAUGGAUGCCGUGCUACAGACGGAGCUGGACUCCGCUCCGCACGAGCAACAACACCCACAGUGGCAGACCAGGCUGUUGCAGCGGAUUUCACGCGAGCUAGGCAUUCUCGUCCAUCAGCUGUGCGAACACCCGGGCGCCUUUACCACUUAUCUGCAGAUGUCCAAAAGCAUAUCGAACGAAUACGCAGGGAUGCUUGUUGUCCCGCCCCGUGGCGAGAGCAGUGUAUCGCGAAGCAUGCACUCCACCUCCGCGGCCGUGGAGCCGGCGUCUCUGAUCAACAGUGCGAAUACCUCGGCCUCGAUCGCGUCGCCCCGGUUCUCUCCAACUCUGCGCGACCCGAGUAGUAGAGAACAUGCAGCCCACUGGGGCAUUGAAGAAGACGAUGACUCUUCCCGUGCCGACGCGGAUUUGACCCAAGCCCGUAUCCAACAGGAACAAGAGUACUGGGAACGCGAGCUUGAUAUCAAGAUGGUCUUCCGCUACCUACGCAACAGGUUUAAGGGCAGCAAGACUACCACUGCCAACACCAUCUCCUCAACUGAUAACGCCAACAACCACCCGACACCAAGUCCUCUGCAAGAUUCUUCUCGCCGCGCAGCCAUAAUCAGACAAUACCAUCCGCUUGUCGCCCGCGCGCACUCGCGCUCCCAGGCCCAAGCCCAACUCCGCCGCCAACUGCACAACCACCACAACCACCACAACCACCACCAUCACCCCCAUCAGAGUGCUGCCGCCUCGCCGAUCCUCCGCCACCAUAAUCACCACCAUCAGCCCAACCAUAUCUGCCGCCCAGGCUCCAGUUGCGCAAGCCAGAGUGCGAAACGCUCCGCCCUCUCAAGCAAGCGCACCCUCACUGGCUCGAGCCGUAAUUACUGGGAUAUCGGCGGGAGCGUGGAUAGCAGCAGCGCUGUGGCGUCUGUAGGGCCUGGGUGGGAUGUAUAG